CUAAAAGAGAAAAUAGAAAUAACGCGUUUCACAGUUCGUUAUAAACGAGUUAAAAAUCUUUGUGUCGUGCUUUAUUUUCGUUUAAUAUCGGAAUUUAUUCAACACCAGGAUUGUGCAGAAUUUUAUACGAUACCGCUUAACAGUAAACGCUUACCUACUUCAUGUGGCAGAGGUAGGCGGCGUUGGAGGCGGGUUGGCGACUUACACGGUCGUUUGGUUGGCAAACAGGGGAGCAGAAGUCAUAUUGGCGCAAGGCUGCCAUUUGUAGGCAAUGCACCGUCUUGCGGAAAGAUUGGGUGGACCUGGCCUAAGAUGGGGAGCGUGCUGUUUGCAGCUGUGUUCAUAGCGUUACAUUUUGCCACCGGCGGCCUGGCCAACCCAGAUGCAAAACGUUUAUACGACGAUCUCUUGAGUAACUACAAUCGCUUGAUAAGGCCUGUUGGCAAUAAUUCUGAUCGUUUAACGGUCAAAAUGGGUUUACGUUUAUCACAAUUAAUUGACGUUAAUUUAAAAAAUCAAAUCAUGACUACGAAUGUGUGGGUAGAACAGGAAUGGAAUGACUACAAACUAAAAUGGAAUCCAGAUGAUUAUGGAGGCGUUGACACUUUACACGUCCCUUCUGAGCAUAUUUGGUUGCCGGAUAUUGUUCUAUACAACAAUGCCGAUGGUAAUUACGAAGUGACAAUAAUGACAAAAGCAAUUCUACAUCAUACCGGCAAAGUUGUGUGGAAACCUCCUGCCAUUUAUAAAUCAUUUUGUGAAAUCGAUGUUGAAUAUUUUCCAUUCGAUGAGCAGACAUGCUUUAUGAAAUUCGGUUCAUGGACUUAUGAUGGUUACAUGGUCGAUUUAAGGCAUCUUAAACAAACGCCAGAUUCCGAUAACAUUGAAGUUGGCAUUGACCUUCAGGACUAUUAUAUAUCAGUAGAGUGGGACAUUAUGCGCGUGCCGGCAGUGCGUAAUGAGAAAUUCUACAGUUGCUGUGAAGAACCAUAUUUGGAUAUUGUUUUCAAUCUAACGCUGCGACGAAAGACACUCUUCUACACUGUCAAUCUAAUUAUACCCUGUGUGGGUAUAUCAUUCCUAUCCGUCUUGGUUUUCUAUUUACCCAGUGAUUCGGGCGAAAAGAUUUCCUUGUGUAUAAGUAUCUUACUGUCGUUAACUGUGUUUUUUCUACUGCUCGCGGAAAUUAUACCGCCCACAUCAUUAACGGUGCCUCUGCUGGGAAAAUAUUUACUAUUUACCAUGAUGUUAGUUACGCUCUCGGUCGUAGUUACCAUUGCGGUACUAAAUGUUAAUUUUAGGUCUCCUGUUACACAUAGAAUGGCCCCUUGGGUUCAAAAGGUAUUCAUAGAUAUUUUACCAAAACUCUUGUGCAUUGAACGUCCCAAAAAAGACGAAUCAAAUGACGAGGAGGACGAUCAGCCCCAAGAAGUUUUAACAGAUGUCUUUCAUCUGCCACCAGAUGUCGACAAAUUUGUUAAUUAUGAUACAAAACGAUUUAGCGGCGACUACGGUAUACCAGCUUUGCCAGCUCAACGUUUUAGUGAAUUUGCCGGAACAGCGGGUAUUGCACAAUGUUUCGGUGAUCCGCCCCUGCCUUCUGCACUGCCACUGCCUGGCGCGGACGAUGAUCUCUUCAGUCCGACAACUGUCAAUGGUGAUUUGAGUCCUAGUUGUUGUCAGGCGGAUUUAAGUCCCACAUUCGACAAACCCUACGUGGGCGAAAUGGAAAAAACAAUCGAAGGUUCUCGUUUUAUUGCUCAACAUAUGAAAAACAAGGAUAAGUUUGAAAGUGUUGAAGAAGAUUGGAAAUAUGUCGCUAUGGUAUUGGAUCGUUUGUUCCUUUGGAUAUUUACCAUAUCUUGUGUGGUAGGCACUGCCUGGAUUAUAUUACAGGCUCCUAGUUUAUAUGAUCAAUCGCAGCCUAUCGAUAUAUUAUAUUCGAAAAUCGCCAAAAAGAAAUUCGAACUUUUAAAAAUGGGCAGCGACACGAACUUAUAGCGUCCACUUGGGUUCGCAGAGGGCUGGUGGAAUAUCAUCACCAGAACUUUGCGAACCCUGUUCGCCGCACGCGAUGAUGAUCGUGGAUAAUAUCCAGCUGUCAUUGUGGAGGUGAACGCGGAUCCAGGAAAUAAUACACUUAAAUUGGACAUAGGAGAGCAAGUGAUCAAAA